GUCUAGCAUCCUGCUCUUUGCUGUCCCCGUAUGCGCUGCCUGUGAUCCGCGUAUGCCGCCAGGUGGGAGGUGGUUACGUGGUGUCGCUGCCGGCAGAGCGGAGUGACGUCAGCGGGUGUUUGCGGAAGUGACUGGGACUGGAGGAUGAUGGCGGGGGAGCAGCGCAGGCAGAAGAGCAGCUUUGGGGGAUCUCGGGAAAGCGACUCCAUGGACCGCUUCCUGUGUCCAAUCUGCUUGGAGCUCUUCCAGGAUCCUUUCCAGGUGGCCUGCGGGCAUAUAUUCUGCUCUCCAUGUCUACACCAGUGUAUGAAGCAGAAGAACCCUACAUGUGCUGUGUGUCGCUCUGUUCUAUGUCCCGAUAGAAAGGCAUCGGAACUGGAGAAGCAAAUGAAGGAUUUUCGAGCUGCCUGUAAAGGAUGUAAUUCACAAAUGGCCCUUUCAAACAUGCGUGCACACUCUGCUACCUGUUCUAAAUACGAAAGUUACGUUAUGGAAGGAAUUAAGUCUGUGACAAAGGAGUCAAAACACACUAGAGACGUCCCGAACCGGUUCACCUUUGUUUGUCCAUAUUGUCGUGAACAGAACCUGGACCAGGAAGGAUUAGUGGACCACUGUAAAAAGUAUCAUUUCACAGACUCCACACCUGUGGUUUGUCCUAUCUGCGCCUCCAUGCCAUGGGGAGACCCUGGCUACCGAAGUGCCAAUUUUAUGGAACACAUCCACCGCCGACACAAAUUCUCAUACGAUACGUUUGUGGAUUACAAUGCUGAUGAGGAUGCUAUGAUGCGAGAAGCUAUGGUGCGAUCCUUAAUGGAUAACUGAGGGCAGCUAUGACUGAAGAUUCUAUAGGCUAUGUCUGACUCCAUGUAUCCUGCGGAGCCCACAUCCACUGCCUCUGGAUAAGAUGCAUAAAGGCAAUAGGCUUAAGAAAAGUCUGUUUUUGUUUAGACAUUAAAAUCGGGUGCUCCUCAGCCACCGAAUGUGUCGAGGUGAUAGAUGUCUGUAUAUGUGAACUCCAAAAUAUCUAUUUUAUAAUGUUUCAAUAUUGAUUGUGGAAGGUGUUGGGUUUAAUGAACCUAAUAUCAGUGGGACAAGACCAAAAUAUUCUGUUUUCAAAGCUGCAACUCACAGGUUUAUUUUUGAUUUAAUGUGUUUUGGAGACCGAAAAACAGAAAUGAUACCAACUUGUUUCUUUGCUAUUUACUGGUACAGAUUUUAUACUUUAAUUUGUUAUAAACUCAAUGUACUGUUUGGAGGUUUAUGUUGCUCUGUUUACAAGUAAUCCUGUAUAAGUAAUAACUUUAGUUGAGGGUAAAAGAACUGUUUUGUUUACUUUGUUGAAAGUUUCAAUUUAAAAUCUCCAUCGGUUUCCAAGGCUCCCUGUAGUACUUUCCCACUGCAUGAAUGCUCAAUUGAAGUCCCGGUGCUAGCUGUGCCUUUCACGGUGCACAAUUUUAGUCAGUGACUGCAUGUAACGUACUGUAGGUUUCGUACAUUCAUUAGCCCCCAUCCACGCACUGUAGGUUUCAUCCAUCACAUUAGUACCCACCCAGUAUUUAUCUGCAUUAUGAAUAUAUCCCUGAAUGAGUCUUGGUGGUACAAUCCUGAUGAGGCUGUAUACCAACAUUUGGCAAGUAGGAUACAAGAAGUACAAAAGAAUUGGGGGCGAUUAAUUUGUUUUGUGGGCACCCUAAUGUGUUGUAGCACACAAUUCAGUAAUGACUAAACCAUUACAAUGCAGUUGCUAUUCGAUAUUAAAUAACCCAACCUGAAACAAUCUUUCUGGUUCUGCAAUAGGUCUGAGCAGGAGAUCCUAUUGCUUGAGUCUGACAGCUACUGCUGUCAAGGUCCCUUACGUUUCUGCAGCAGCUUUCCCUGUAAUCAGGAAAUGUACUUCUCUAACCGGAUAUUCUAGUGUAAGUGUCGCAGGAUGCUGAUCAUAUUUCAGCAGGUUGCAUUUUCUCUAUAGUUGUUACUGUGACACAGGUAGCACCUGCUACUGUAUGUCCUUAAAGUGAAACUGGCCAUACGCAGACUAUGUCCUCUCUGCUCGAUAAGGGGGCAGUUGGAUCUCCCAGUUAGUUCAGCCAUUUACUUACACGUGGAUCCAAAUCUGAGAGAACUGGACAUGUGGAUAGGGUAUAUUACUGAGGUCAAGCAGUUACUGUAUCUCAUGUGGUCACUGUCUGAUUUUACCAUCAAUCAUUGGCAGACGUGGAUUUGCAUCGUAUGUUGAUCAGCAACUGAAGCAUUUUUCCACCCUUGCUAUGUCCAUGACUGUGUUGGUAGAAUCUCUUGGUGGUAAUAACUGCAUCAUGCAAAAUGCUGUAUGGAGACAGUUACUCCAAAAAAUGAUACAUAAGUCAUGCACUUGUUUUUUUAUGGAAGGCUAGAAUUUCAUGCCCCCUGCUGGUUACACACGGGAUUUGCUGCUUUAUGUAAUCACACUUGUUUUUUUUUUUGUUUUGAUUUUUUUUUUUUUUUUUUUUUUGCUUGUACCAGGCUGCACACCUUACUGUUUCAGGGUAAGUUUCUACCCAUGCGCAAUAUUAUAAUAGCAGCACCUCCUGUUCACCAAUGCUUUUUUUUUCCUUUUCUUCUCAAUACAAACAUUCGUGUGAUUUUUCUGUUUGCCCAGUAAAAACAAACUAAUUGUGAUGUUUCUAAUUAGGUGGCUUUUGUUUUUAGCCACAUAUUUAGGCUGAGUAAAGGCACCAAAGAAGCAGUAUCCUUUUAAUCACUAUCUUUUAUUGCCUUUAACAAUAUUUUCAUCAAGUACACUAAACUGUUUCUGUUUAUCUGGAUACUUGUUUUUGGGUGGUUGUUUUUUUUUUUGUAGGAUUUUAAAAUAUUGAACCACAGAUUAAGUUAGCACUUUGCCUUUUAAGCUGUUGCUCACACAAUGUAAAAGUCUUUUUAAAAUGUAGGAAGACAUGAAUGGGAUUUGUGUCGGGCUGCGUACACAUAUUUCCAUAGUUUUACUUCAGCAGAAAGUAGACAAAAAUAGUUACAAAAAAACCUAAAGAAAAAAAAAGGCAAAAACUUAAUUGUUACACUUUGUCUUCCAUAGCGGAUAAUGAAUGAGGCGAAAGUGCAAUGACGCUUUAUAUUAGCGCAAAUGCUAAUGUAACCUGCCUUAUUGUUUUGGGAUUUUUUGGAGUUCGACUUUACAUGCAUCUAUUUUAUGAGUAACACGCUCAAAAAAUAUGAAAAAUAUUUGUGUGAUUGUAACCAGAUAAAAGCCUGUUACAUAGUAUUGAACAGAGCUGAGCCUAAGAAUAUGUGAACAUAACGUGUAAGUAGGCAAGAAAUACACUGCUUCAUAACGCCAGCCCUACAAUGUCAGGGGUAGAUUGACUAAUGAGUUGGAUCAUCUGAGAUUUUGAUGGAUAGUUUUAAAAUGGUAAUAGAAACUAAUGCUAAACCAAACUUGCUUGGCAUUUAUUUCUGUAGCCUUUUUAAAAUUAUCAGUCAGAGCUGCUGCUGAUUGGAGACUUCUGACAACCCGCCGCUUAGUAACCCUACCUCUUAAACUUUAAAGGGGAAGAACACAGGCAACUCUAUAAUAGAGUUUUCAUGCUGGUUCCUCUGGUUGAAGCUAUAGAGCAGGGGUUCUCAAACUAUUUUUCUGUGGGACCCCAUCAUAAAAUAAAAAGCAUUAUAGGACCCCAGCAAGUUACCGCAGAAUAACUGCCACACGUGUGGUCAGCAGACCGCACAUGCACAGUAGCACUUGAUGGCACAAAACAAAAGUGAAGUGACUGCUUAUGCGAUCACUUAAUUUCUUACACAAUCACAGGGACAAGCUCCUUUAGGAGUCUCUGCACUGGAUGUGUUUUUAGUACGUUCAUGCAAAUGUUAAGUUUAUACCUGCUGUGGGGGUGGCAGGGAGGCAGAGGGUAACUAGGGAGAGGCAGUGGGCGAGGGGGGUGGCAGAGGGAGGCAACGGGGAGACAGAGGGUGAUAGGCGGAGUCCUGCACGCUGAGAGCUGGCUCCUCUGAGUUUGACUGUAGUCUGCUGCUGUCUGCCUGUUUCAUCUCUAAAUUACAGCUCAAGAAGCCCCAGGACCCGGGAGUGCCCUAUCUGCAUGUAGAUGAAGGAGCCAAGAGUGCAGCCUGCAUGUGGCAGUGGCGGCACCAAUGGAUGCUGGGCGGGACAGGAGAGGACUAGUGUGGGGUGGAGCUGCCAGAUGACUCCUCGGAUCACCAAGCCAGUGAUCCAGGGAGUCAAAAGUAACAGACAAUUCAACUGGUUUUUUAGACUCCUUGGAUCACUGGCUGAGAGAUCAGAGGUGUCAUCAGCUUGACGGUCAGAAACAUGGAGUCGUGACCCACUUUGGGGUCGCAACACACAGCUUCAGAACAACUAUUAUAGAGGGUUUGUACUCUGCGAAUGCUGGUUGCUGCUUUAGUCAAGGCUCUAAGGGAGUGGGCUUUAUCCACCAUAGAGACCAGAGGGUGAUUUAUAUGUGUCGUUACCAAUCAAUCUAAUGCUGCCUGUAUUAUCAUUAAUGCUUAUAGAAUAGAAUUCAAAUAUGAGAUAUAGUGAUAGAUACAUACAUAUAUACAUACUGUAUAUGUUCUAUGCUCUCCAAUUGGUCCCUGACAAAAGCAGUGACCAGCACUUUCAGAGAAAAAAUGUGCACCGUUACUGAAUGGAGCUAGCAGUGUGUUUUACUGAAUCAUGGGUGAUGAUGCCUUCACCUGAGGUUUGAUGCAGAAGCAAAAAUAAGUAGAUUAUGGUAAAUAGCAAAAUUCCUGCAUUGCGGUCUUCUUAAUAGACUGAUAAAACAGAUUCCUUAUCCAUUAUCUGUUAGCCAAUUAUAGAUUGAUUUGCUUUUUAUGUUGUUCAGUAAGUUUGUCUUGAGUUUAAAUUAAAUUUAUUAACGUUUUAUUGUUUCUAUCCAAGAUUUGUUUUGUUUUUCUAUGGAAACUGCCAAAAAUUUCGUAUAUUGAAUCAUUUAGUCAUGCUGCUUUACACACUUUGAUAAAUCCAUACUGUGUUAACUUUGAAAUGUUUGUGAAAAAUACAACUCUCACCCACUGACUGUUUUCUUGUCUACCACAGCACUAACAGACUGGUUGUUUCUCUGCCGCCUCCUGCCAGCUGACCUUCUGUUAUGGUCAUGUUGAGGCAACAAAUAUGCUUUUGAACAUGGCAAAUGGGUCAAUUCAUGUGGAGUGGACCAGCCCUGGUUGCUUGACCAUUUUCUAUUUUUUUUCUUCAAAAAAAAUGCCUUCAUAUGAAGAUGGCGCCCAUUUUUGUGUCAUGGUGUAUGACAUUUUUUUACUGUUGCGGAUGUUUGGGGUUAAUGCAGUAUCUCGGCUCAGGAAAGUCAUAGAAAGCUGGGAUAACAAACAUUAUUUUAGUGCAUUUCAAGGAACAUUUUUUUUUGUCAUAACAAUUUCCCUACCUCACGUCCUUAUGAUUGAAAUUUAAUGCCAAAUUUCAUUGUCAAAUUAAAAAAAAAAAAAAUUUUUGCCAAAGAAUUGCCAUACAAAUUUCGGAAUUUGAUAUUCCAUGUGGAAGCUACACUAAGAGUAAAUAUCAAAAAACGGAAUAUCAAGCUCCAUUUUAGUUACCCCUCAUAGAGUACUGUGUAUGCUGUGAAUUUGAACUUUUUAUAAGGUUACUCACCCGAGAUAAUAGAGGUCAAUUUAGGUGAAAAACUAGCAGUUUCAAAGUGCUCUUAUAAAAAUAGUAAACAAGAUAGAUAACUCAAAAUGUGUUUGGCAAAUCUUUUGAGUAUAUAGCUAUCCCUCCCUCCCCCUUUCCACUGAAAUACAAUCCAAAAAUAGACUUUUAAAUUUCAGUCAGAAGGAAGUGAGGUUGGGAAAUAGUCAUCCCAGCUUUCUGUGACUUUUCUGAGCUGUGAUGUUGCAUUUACCCUAAACUUCCACAACAGUGAAAAAUGUCAUACACCACAAUACAAAAAUGACCGCCAUCUUCAUAUGAAGGUUAAUAAAAAUAAAGUAAUGGUGGUUUCUGACUACUAACUUACAGGGUUCUUUACACUAAAAUUGUCUUUUUUUUUUUUAAAUGGUCAAGCAUCCAAUUAAUUGAAUUCUGGACGAUUUUGAUAUGAAUUGACCCAAGUGCAAUUGUCACUUAUUAUGGUAGUUAAUAUUACGAAGCAGAGAGCAUGAGUGUAGUUCUCAGUGGACCAUAUGACCAGACUAGCAUUUACAGUGUAUCAUUGUGUGUGCACCCAUUCUGUGGUGGGGAUUCAGUAUGUUUUAGCAGCGAACUGCAUGCCGGCUGUCAAUAUACCGUCCGCCAGAAUGCCAGCAGCGGGGGAGUGCUAAGAGUCCACUUGCGGGCUCGCCGUGCUUGCCAUGCUGUGGGCUCGGUGGCUUGCUGAGCUCACCACAGGAUCUAUUUCUACUCUAUGGGUUCUCGUGGACACCCACGAGUGGGAAUAGCCCUGGUGCGCCAGGAUUCCGGCUGGUGACAUUGUCGGCUGUCGGGAUUCCAGCAUCUGUAUCCUGACGCAGGGAUCCCGACAGCCAGCAAAUUAAACGCAUACCUGUGGGUGGACCAAUAUUUAGCAUAUUCAUAAGGAGCAAGUGACAGAACUGAGGCAUGAGGCACCAAAUGCUUUUUACCUUACUGGUGUCACUAGUUACUAGCGAAUUAAUAGACUGCAUUCUCACAAUUUGGUCCAGCCUCAAAAUGCUGCUUCCAGUAUUGGAAGACUAAGGGGUUAAUUUAUCAAGCAGGGGGAAAAAAAGUGUAGAAGUGGGUUAAUGUAGACGGUAAAUUCUGAAAAACUUCUACACAGGUCCACUUCACUCUUUUCUCAGCUUGAUACAUUAACCCCUAAAGGAGGGACGUUAAAGGAUGUCUGUACUUUAAAUUGCCUGUUAAGAGCAAUGUUUCUUAACUUUUGUUCUAUUGUGUGCCCCAUUAUUAUGGCAAAUAUUUGCCUGGUACCCUCUAAUGUGUCACUUUUGAUCAGGCAGUUGUAUGUCUUUUAAUUGUUUAAUCAUUCAGAAGACAACUCUUCCUGGUUGUUCUUAAUAUAAUUUGUUUUCUUUUUACCUGUAUAUUUACGCUCUCUGUUUUAGUUUAAUUGAACCUUUGAAAGUACCCCAAGGGGUAAAUAUAUCACAUGUUGAGACUUCAGACUAGAUGCUGUUUAUCAGGUUAUUUUAAUAACUUAGAAAUUGGUAGUCUACCUCUCUGAGUGCUGAAAUAUCAGUUAUAAAUCGGGGUCACGAUUAAGAAGGUCUUACAACGUAUCUCAAACGUGGUCUUUAAAGGGACACUAUCAUUAUUUUAUGUGGAUAUUUGUAAUUACCAAGUUCAGUGUUUGGGACUAGGAAGAAGAAGUGAAGGCAGUUUGAUGUUUAGAUGUAGGCAGUUUGUGUUGUGUUUACUUAGAUUACCUAUUACUGCCUAGACUAAAGCCCCGUACACACUGGGCGUCCUCCCUUAAUUAGGAAUCGGCGCUAUAUGGCUGAUUGCUAAUUAUGGGAGAUCGCUCAGUGACGUCGUGCUCUGCACUCCCCAAACAUGCAGCUCAACGAUGUAGUUAAAGUUGAGCUGCAUGUUCGGUAGAUAAUGCCUAAACGUGAACAACCAGCGGGUGUGCGCAUCGUUCAUUGCAGGCAUACACACUAGAUGAUAUGAGCAAAUAGAUCUUUUAAAAAAAGAUUAUCGUUCAUGUUGUCUAGUGUGUCGCCAAAUGUGUACGGGGCUUUACUGUUUGUCACGCAAUCUACUUGUACUAGUAACUGAUUUAUGACAUUUUGGGGGAUAGUUCGUUUGGGUGGAUUAAAAGAUUGAAAAUGUUUAUUUAAUAAUCAUUUGGAAUGAGGAGCCAGGGUGCAGUUUUGUCACUUGUUCAAAUUAAAUUAAUUUAUAUUAAAGUGGGAGUGUUUUUUUGUUUUGUUUUUUUAAUUGUUUUUGACAGAGGUACUAGGGAACCUAUUUCCAUCCUGUAUGAAACACAGGUGUGUGCCACUCUGGGAGUACCAUUCAUUCAUUCUCAAGAUUCCACAGCACAGAGCUAGUAACCUCAAGGAUAAGAAUAACUCCCUUUCCUUUUAUUUCUCUUUUGAGUCUCUUUCUCCUCCUCCUAAUAAAGAUGCUAGCCCUGUGCUGAUUAUUACUUUUUGUCACCCCCCUAAAUGUUUCCUGGCUUUAGGGCUGUUCUGAAUUAAGAUUGAAAAUGGGGGGGGGGGGGGGGAGACAAAUGUACUAUCCAGACAAUCACGCAUAUAUUUAAAAACAGAGUUUUGUGUCAAAUUGUAAGCCUGGAGUCCAAUGUUGUUUUUUUCUGGUGAUGGUGUCCCUUUAAAAUUGUUAGCACAUCACUAUUUUUCACCUUAUGCAGUGUAUUGUGAGUGUGAGCUAUAAUGAAGACCCAGAUUUAUAGUACUGCAGGUUGGGUCAGCACACAUAGUAUGCGAUAAGGUGCAGCCUUCUAUCACUGAUACAUGGCAGGUCGACCCAGCCUUUUAACUUGUUUAUGCAACUUAUUUAGUGUAUCAGGUUAUUUACACUGAUUUUACAAAGCAAUGUUUGUCAUUCUGAGCAGCAAUAAAGCACUUAGAAAUUGA